CAUAUAUAUUAUAUCAUACGUCACAUUAUUUUGACAGAAAAUGAAUUGUUUUAAAAAUCAUACAGAUUUUAAUAAAUGAAGACAAUCAACAUCAAAUUGCAAUAAGUAAUAAAAUAAAAGAGGUUGUUAGCAACCAUUAUAUUUUGUUCAAUUGUGUGUAAAAGGCAACAAGCUUGAAAAAAAUAAAAAGAUUUCGCAUCACUGGAUUUUGAUUGAGAUAGUGCAUUUGUGCAGACUUUGUGAAGACAUUUUGGAUAGGAAAAAUAAAAUAGCAAACAUAACUAAGCGGAUAUUUGUGCAAAAUAAAAAGUAUGAGAAUUAUUUAUGAACUAUUUUGUUAAAAAUUCUUUCAGUGAUAACUAAUAAGUGCUAACUGUUUCAUUCAGUUUUAAAAUAAAAAUUUGUUACGAUAAUAUGUCAGGAAAUUUUGUAUUUGUUGCCCGAGAGGAAGGUGGCGAACCCACGAGGUUCCCAUUAGAGGAAGAUGGAACCGUGUCAUUUUCAACUUUGCGGUCCCAUUUUGGCCAAUUAACCGGCCUGAAGUAUCGCAUUGAAGACGACAAUUUCACCAGUGCGGUUCGUGCAACUGAAAGUGGAUUUCAUCCACCACAAGACGGGUGGGGGCAGAGAAUUUACUGGUGUAUAUUCUCUGAAGAGGACCGAAACAACAAACGAAAAUGUGAUGCAACAACAUCGGUGUCUUCAGUUGCCAAAGCCAAAAAAAACAAUCGACAAGAAAUAACACCGGAAACGCUGACUGAUGUGAUUGAUCAGAUCGAUCGUUCAGAAGCUGCAACGCCAACCAUGUCAAACAAUCAACAUGAACGAGAGGCUCAGUACACAUUAACAUCAUCCCCUACAAUGACAUAUGUUACAGCUUUAUCAAGAAUAGGAUUUAAUUGGGAGAGAAUCUUUUUCAAAUUAGGUAUUUACAAUCCGAGUCCCUGGCAUCACCUCAAAGAGGAUUAAAUCCAUGUAUCACCGUGGUAAUCGCUUAUGUACAUGUACAUGUACAUGUAUAUAAAUAUCAUAAUAAAAUAUUCUAAAAAGAAUUAACUGUAUUGUAUUUUAUUUGGCAAAAAAAUCGCUAAUUAGGUCGGAACAAAAUUCAUUUUGCUGUCAACAAGCCAUAAAUUCCCUUUAUUUUCCAUGCAUCGGAAACUGUCUCAACAAACAUUGGAAUUAAAACAUAAUUUGUUUCAUAUGUGUAAAUAAUAUUUAUUAAUAUAUAGAAUUUUCAUACUAAAGAGAUAUGACGAAUUAAGAAGAAAACAGAGCCAAGUCGCGAUUUGAUAGAUUUUGAGUUAGCCCGACAGAACCUUUUAUUUAUUCAUAAACUAUCAUAAGAACAAACAAAAAUUCAAAAAAAUUGGUUAAUUUAUUGUAUUUCCGCAUGCCGAUUGGUGCUAUGUAAACAAAAUAUCACUCUUGUUCACGUAAAAAGAAUGUAAGUCACUCAAAAUGUAUGGCCGUACACCAUAGACGCGAAGAAGAAGUAUACGAAUGAUCGAACAAGACACACACACACACACACAUACACAUAAUCGGUUUUUGCGGCUAUGAACCAAGUUCAUCUAACACAGUUUAAGAUCACAAAACAGGUUGGUUUCUAUUCACUUACCUAUCUAAUUAUAUGAAGAAGGACAAAGAAAGAAAAUCAACGACAUGUACAGACAUGAUUUUUGCAUAUCAGUUUUUGCUUCAUUUAUGCGAAUGGUUUGUUUAUUUUAAUGCUCGAUCACACACAUAUGACUUUAAAAAAUAUACAAUUUCAUUCUUUAAUACGCUAUUCCGUUUGCUGUACAUCUACCAUAUAACAAUAAGUUAGGUGGACAAUAUUUUGUUCGCUGCCGCGUCGUCCCUCUUAUCAUUUCAGCGGUUUGUCUUAUUCGUUGCAAACAAUGUUCAACAAACGAAAUCUUCAUUUUUUAAUUUUUAUCGCAUUGAGAUUCAAGUUUAAAAGCAACAUUCAUCCAUCUGCAUGCAUAACAAUGUAUUAUGAACAACAACAACAACAAUGACUGAAGCGAUGCAAAUAAUCAUAUAUCAUCGCUAUAUUUUACGCUACACACACACACACACACAUACAAUUGUUUCUUCUAGUUUCUUUCUCCCACUCUCUCUCACAUGUAUAUACUCGUUUCUUCGAUUCACGAAGAAGCAUAAAUCAUCGUCUCGUACAUUUGCUUUAUAUUUCAUCACAUAAUGAAAUAGCAUGAAUUACAUGGCUGCAAUUGUAUGACUAAUUGUAGUUUUUAACCUUGAACGAGUUCAUUGAACGAAUACAUUACUGUCGCGAUAGUGAACGUUUGUUCAUGUUAUCGUUGUUGCAUUUUACACUGUGCUUUUUCGCUACUAUUGUGUCUGUUUACAUUUUUAUUUUCAUCAAUAAUUCGAAUUAUUUUAUGUAAGAAUGUUCGAUUUGAUAUUCAAUUUAAUGCAAAUAGUUCGAUUUCAUGUUAAUAUUUCGAUUUUUGUUUAGAUUUCAUGAAAAUAAUUCGAUUUUAGGUUCAAUUUCAUGAAAAAAUAGUUCGAUUUGAGGUUCGAUUUCAUGAAAAUAGUUCGAUUUGAGGCUCGAUUUCAUGAAAAUAGUUCGAUUUGAGGUUCGAUUUCCUAAAAACACACUCGAUUCGAGGUUUCAUUAUAAUUAAAUGUCAAACAUCUGGUGAUACAACUGGAUCAAUCGAAUUGUAAUUUUUGUUCGGUGCGUUCCGAAAGGAACGGUUCAUAUUGAUAUACCAAAAUGGAAUUACGCCCCGUGAAAAACGUUAAUAUCGAUCUGAGUAACAAUGAUGUCACCGUCCUCUAAUACAAUUGAAGAUGUCCCUAGUGUUGAGCUACAAGUGCGUGAAAAUGCAUUUAAUAGACGAAUAAACGAUUUCGCUAUUGUAAACAAUGGACAUAUUGAUAUUGAAAUAUUUCUAAGCGAUGCUUUUUAUAUAUAUCGCUCGGAACUUACGAAAAAUAUUGAAAAUUAUAUUAACGUGAAGUCAAUGACUGUAUUCGUAGCAGAGUUUGAAAAAAAAAAUGUAAACACAGAUGAAAAUAAUGAUUCUUACGAUGAUGAUGAUACUGGCGGUAAUCAUAGUCAUGAGUUAACGGAGAAAGAGACUAUAUAUCUCCCAACGCACACACGGAAGCUUGAUAUAAACGUAGACCUACAUGAACAUUUUCGAAAACAGAUCGUUCAAGAAAUAGUGGAAAGUGUAGAACAAGUUACAUUCCGCGGUUCUGGAUUUACGCUCGCCCGCAUAAUCGAAUUGAAUGUUCACGUCAACUUAUAUAACCCAUUACACGGUUCAUCGUAUAUUCAAACUCCUAAAAAACUACGGUAUAAAAAAGCAAUUAUCAACGUACAAAAUGAACAUGAUGAAAUGUGCUUCAAAUGGGCUAUUUUAUCUGCUUUACACCCGGUAACUGAUCAUCCAGAGCGAGUUCGUCAUUAUUAUCAAUAUGAGAACGAAUUGAAUUUUGAUGGAAUCGAUUUUCCCGUUCGCUUGAACCAAAUCGACAAAUUUGUUCGACAAAACAACAAUAUAUCGAUAAAUUUAUACUAUUACGAUGAUGAAAAUGAGGGUCGCAUAUGUCCAUUACGUGUGAGUAAUGAAGUUAAGCAGCAUCAUAUUCAUUUGCUGCUAAUCAAAAACAGAGAAAGUGUUAAUAAAAUAGCUAGCACUUCCAACAUGAUUAAGGAGAUCUACAAUAAUGAUUCAAUUCGAACUCAUUACUGUUGGAUAAAAAAUUUGAGCCGUCUUGUCAGCAGUCAGCUAAGUAAUCAUAAAUCUCGAUAUUUCAUUUGCGAUCGAUGCCUAAUAUUUUAUGAUACAAAUGAAAAAUUAUCGAAACAUAUUGCAAAAUGUACAAACGAGUGUAGCAUUGAAAUGCCCGAUCAAACAUGGAAAUGGAUGAAAUUUGACAACUAUGAACAUCAGCUGAAAGCACCAUUUGUUAUAUACGCUGAUACUGAAGCGUAUCUGAAGGAGCUCAGUAUGGAAGAUCAGAAACGUAUAUUUAGUGAGGAAUGUGCAACAAGCGCAUAUCAGCAGCAUCAUAUGUACAGCGUUGGAUAUUACUUUAAAUGUGAAUUUGACGACUCAUUUUCAUAUUACCGAGGCAGCGGCAAUCGUACCGAUUGCGUCGAAUGGUUCAUCGCAGAAUUGAAAGAAAUUGCUCAUGGAGUUGCAAGGUUAUUUGAUAAAAACAUACCAAUGCUACCGCUAACUGAAGAUGAGAGAUAUGCAUUCCACGAUCCAAAUGCAUUAUGUACAAUUUGUGGUGAUAUUUUUGAAGCAAAUGAUAUUAGAGUACAUGAUCACUGUCAUCUCACCGGUCGAUAUAGAGGUCCAGCCCAUCAAGCAUGCAACUUACAGUUCCAAGAUAGCCACGUUGUACCCGUUAUUAUGCACAAUUUGUCGGGUUACGACUCACAUUUAUUCAUAAAAGAGUUGGCAGCAAAUAAUAUUAUGAAUGGAGAUGUUUCAAUUAUUCCAGCUAAUGUGGAACAAUACAUCGCUUUCACAAAAGUAGUGACAGGGAGUACACGCGGGCUUAAUACGAGAGAAAACGUAAAAUUUAAAUUCAUUGAUUCAUGCCGAUUCAUGCCUGCAUCUCUAGCUGAGUUAGCAUCACUACUACCAGCAGAUAAAAAACAAAUAUUGUAUAACGAAUGUGAGAAAAAUGGCUACACACCAGAACAAAUCGCUAUGCUUGAACGUAAAGGCGUUUCUCCUUAUGAAUAUGUGAGCGGUAUGGAGCAGCUGAAGGAGGCAAAUCUACCAUCAAAGGCAGAUUUUUACAGCCAACUUAGUGGAGAAGGAAUAUCGGAAGACGAUUACCAAUUUGCUCACGAUAUCUGGCGGAAAUUCAACUGUAAAACGCUCGGAGACUAUUCCGAACUAUAUCUAAAGACUGAUGUGCUACUAUUGGCCGACGUAUUUGAAAAUUUUCGAAAUACAUGCUAUACAAUUUACAGUUUGGAUCCGGCAAACUACUAUACAGCUCCAGGUCUUUCGUGGGAUGCCAUGCUCAAAUAUACCGGAGUGAGAAUUGAACUGUUAACUGAUGUGGAAAUGUUGCUGUUCAUCGAACGUGGAAUUCGAGGUGGCAUAAGUCAGUGCAGUAAACGUCAAGUCAAAGCCAACCAUAAAUACAUGGGAGAUGUAUACAAUGAUGAGAAACCGUCAAAUUAUUUAAUGUAUUUAGAUGCAAAUAAUCUGUAUGGACAUGCAAUGUCACAACCAUUACCGCUGAGGGAUUUCAAAUGGAUUGAUGACAAAAUUGUAAAGACAUCUUUUUCGAAUGCAGAUGAAAUAGUCAAAUUAGCUGACGAUUCGGAAUAUGGCUAUAUAUUCGAGGUGGAUCUACAAUAUCCAAAAAAUUUACAUGCUACACAUAAUGAUUUUCCAUUUUGUGCUGAAAAGCGAACGCUUCCGCAAGAAGUGUUCGAUAUUAUCGGCAUAAAACCGAAUAAAAUCGAUAAAUUAUUGUUAACGUUAUACGAUAAAGAAAAUUAUAUCAUUCAUUAUCGCAUGCUCAAAUUAGCAUUACAACACGGUCUAGUAUUGAAAAAAGUACAUCGAGUACUUCAAUUCGAACAAAGUUGCUGGUUAAAGCCCUACGUCGAUAUCAACACACAACUACGUACACAAGCUACCAACGACUUUGAAAAGUCGUUUUUUAAAUAUAUGAUAAACUCCGUCUUUGGUAAAACGAUGGAGAAUCUGCGUUUACGUGCAGAUAUCAAACUUGUCAACAAGUGGGGUGGGCGAUGUGGUGCAAGCAUGUUAAUUGCUCGACCAAAUUUCAAGAAAUGCAAGAUUCUCAAUGAAGAUUUAGCAGUAAUUGAGUUACAAAAAACACAUAUUAAAAUGAAUAAACCGAUAAUUAUCGGUAUGUCCAUCUUGGACAUAUCGAAAAUAACGAUGUACAGUUUUCUGUACGACUUUUUAAAACCUAAAUAUGGAAAAAAUUGUGCAGUUGCCUAUACGGACACUGACUCCUUCAUACUUUCCAUUCAAACGGAUGAUUUCUACAAUGAUAUGAAGCAACACUUGAAUCGCUACGAUACAAGCGAUUAUCCGGAGAAUAAUGUUUUCAAAAUGCCUCAAAGGAAUAAAAAAGUGCCCCGGUCUUUUUAAAGAUGAAUUAAACGGGGAGAUUUUAGCAGAAUUUGUCGGUCUACGUGCAAAAUGCUACGCUGUACUACCGUUUACAGCUAAAAUAGAAAAAUGUGAAUGUCCAGAAAGAACUGUCGCACCUCGCGUUAUGACAGAUAGUGACUAUGUUGACUGCAUAGAAAAGAAUUGUAACAUCGAUAAAAAAUCUAAAGUUAUUAAAAAGUCUAAAGGUAUCAAAAAGAAUAUAGUGAAACGUAAAAUUGCAUUUAGCGAUUAUGUUGACUGUAUCGAGAAAAAUUGUAAUAUUUUACGUGAACAGCAUAACCUUCGUUCGAAAUCACAUCAAAUAUUCACAAUUAAACAGAAAAAAAUUGCUUUAAAUCCGUUCGACGAUAAGCGUUACCUUAUUCGUUCGAAUGGUAUUGAUACGCUAGCUUGGGGUCAUCAUGAAAUUAGUGAGAUUGAGAAAAUUUAUUGUUAGGUGAAACGUAAAUUUUCAUAUAAUUUUAAGCAAAAAUAGUAAAUUAUAUACAAAAAUAAGACAGUUUUCAUUGAUUUUCAUAGAAGAGUAACAUUUUAGUUAAAAUUAUGAAAGUCUCUGUAUAAUAAUUCAAAGUAAAAUGUUUCAAAUCAAACCUAUAUGGUUGCUUUAUAAUAUAUACACAUAAAUAUGAAAUGAAAAGAUUUGUUUUUUUGUUGAAAAAAAAAA